GAACAAAAAAGUGUCAAGUUGUGCCUGGUCUUUUAUUGUUAGAAUAAUGGCGCUUGUGUUAAGCGUUGUGUCUUUGGCAUUUUGGGGAGUUUAUAUAUCAUCAGCAUCAACUCCAGUAGUCCAAGUGGCUCAAAUUGUGCUAUCUGUCUUAUCGCCAAUUUUGGUGUCAGUAAGUUGGAUGGAAAACUUUCUACCAAGCUUGCAGAAAGAACAAGGAAUAGGAAACGGUCAUAUAAAAAUUCACGUGAAACAGGUUAAGAAUGCAAACAACAACAAUGAAGUUAAGGAAAAUAACCAAAACAACGAAGAAAAUGAUGACAGUGAAAAACAGAUCUUAUACCCGAACUGGAUUUAUGAGUACAAGCACUCACUAUUUCGCAGUAGCUUAAAAAUGCAUGCAGUCGUCAAUACAUGGAAAAUAUGUAUUACCUUUGUGAUGGUUAUUGCAAUACACGGGACGCCAUGUGACAACUGCUUGGACGCCUUAUUUGGUAAUUUAAACCAAUCUGCAAAACAAAUGUCUGCAAUUAUAGACGAUAACUGGUUGCUGAACAGGGACCUCUGCAAAACUGCUACACCAUUUAUUGUCGCAGUUGUUGGAAUAUCAGCUAGCCUCUUUUGUCAAAGACUAAGUGUCGCAGCAAUAAAAGUUCUUGUUCAUAUACAAGGGUUCUCAGUUCCUAUUUGUCUAGUGACACCUGUUACAUUUGGGUUGAUAUUGGCAGUAUCUUCUCAGUUGAAUGAUGGAGACCACAUAUGUCAACUUCCAUUUCCCUGGUUUGAAGGGAGCAAGUCAAUCAGCAAUCUCGCAUAUAUGAUAAUUGCUUCACUAACAGGAUACGUGGGUCUCAUACUUACAGCGGGACAUAUAUGGACAAUGGAAACGGAAAGGAUGAGUAAAGAAAACAUGAUAUUUUAUGCACCUUCCUAUUGCGGAGCACUUUUGGAGCAGUCGUUAAUGCUAAACAAAUGCAAGGAGAACAACUUUCAGACAACACCUGUUUCCAAGUCAAACGAUACGACUGAAAAUAUCUCCCAAUCACUCCCUGGAGAAAAGACCGACCUAGGUGAUAAUGGGACAGACGACAAUAAAAAAGGUAGCAAGGAUAAUACAAAUAAACUACUAGAAGGUUUUCCAAUGAUAUAUUUUUGUGCUACUAUGUGGCAUGAGACGGAAGUUGAGAUGAUACAGUUAUUCAAGUCCCUGUACAGGAUGGACAUUCAUCAAUGUGCUCAGAGAAUUCGCAAGGAGGAAAGACAGAGUAAUCCGGAUUACUACAAUUUUGAAGUACAUAUUUUCUUCGAUGACGCAUUUGUUGAAGGGAAGCAUAUGAUGGCAAACCGAUACGUGCAUACGUUUAUUAAAGCUUUGUACAAUACUGCAAAUGAUACGUAUCCAGAUCUGAUCUUACCUAUCAAUCAUCCUCGACGGAGAAUUACACCGUACGGUGGUCGUCUCAUAUGGACCUUACCUGGUGAAAACCGUCUAAUUGCUCAUCUGAAGGAUAAGUACAAAAUAAGAAGAAAGAAGCGAUGGAGCCAGGUGAUGUAUAUGUACUAUUUCCUUUCACAUAAACUUAGUACUGUUGAAGAAGACAAGAAUAAACAAUUGGAGAUAGCGAAGAACAUUUACAUACUCGCUCUGGACGGUGACGUAGACUUCAGACCGGAUGCUGUCAAACUGUUGAUUGAUAGAAUGAGGAGGAAUGAACAAACAGGCGCUGCUUGUGGAAGGAUACAUCCAAUAGGAGAAGGGCCAAUGGUAUGGUAUCAGAAGUUUGAGUAUGCAAUUAGUCACUGGCUGGUGAAAGCUACAGAACACGUGACUGGUUGCGUGCUUUGCAGCCCGGGUUGCUUUAGCUUAUUCAGAGGGUCAGCAUUGAUGGAGGACAACGUAAUGAAAAGAUAUACCACCAUGCCAACCGAAGCUCGCCAUCAUAUACAAUAUGAUCAAGGCGAAGACAGAUGGUUAUGUACACUUCUGCUGAAGCAAGGCAAAAAGGUCGACUAUUGUGCUGGGUCAGAUGCUUUCACGUUUGCACCUGAGGGUUUCAAAGAAUUUUACAACCAGCGGCGACGUUGGACACCUUCUACGAUGGCAAACAUUUUAGAUUUGCUGUCGGACUGGAGAGUAAUAACGAGAAACAACGACAACGUCUCUAUACCGUACAUUUGUCUGCAGUUGUCCUGGUUUGUGUCGUCCAUAUUGACCCCUGGCGUUCUCCUGUUGAUGAUAAUCGGGGCGACGAAUCUUGCCUAUCCUCAGUUAUCAUUACAUGCGGCCUUGCUGAUAAACUUACUACCCGUUGUUCUGUUUGUAAUUGUUUGCUUCUUUGCCAAAACUGAACACCAGCUCAAUGUAGCAGCCGCACUGUCCAUUAUUUACUCACUUGUUAUGAUGAUAGUUCUCGUUGGUUUGAUAAGAGAGGCUGUAGAAAGUGGAUUUUGUUCAGUCAUAACCUGGUUUCUUCUGAUUGUGGCCGGUAUAUUUGUACUGUCAGGAUUAACACACCCAAAGGAAACAAAGUGUCUCAUCCAUGGAUUUUUAUUUUUUAUUGCCAUUCCUUCCAUGUCAAUGCUUUUAAUGUUGUAUUCGGUAAUAAAUCUGAACAACGUUUCCUGGGGAACUCGAGAGGCUCCUAAAGCAAAGCAAGGUGAUGGGAAAGAAGAUAGCAAUAGUGUGAGGGACGUUCAAAGUUUGGUGGAUAGAAUUUUAAGCUGCAGUUGCUGUCAACCGCAAAAGUUGCAAAGGAAUAAUAAAGUAGCUGUCGAGUUAAAGAGCGAACUGAACAAGUUAGAGGCUGGAACACUACAUACAGAUGACAGCCAAUCCAAAGAUAUUGGAGAAAGACAUUCUGAUACAGUUCCGUCUGCUACGGUACCAGCUAAACCAUAUUCUAAAUAUCUGAAUUUUGUUCCUGAAUCGUCAAAGAAAAUCAAGUAUCUUGCAUUAGACGAGGAGGACUUUUGGAAGUGGCUUAUUGAAAAAUAUCUGUAUUCUGGUGAAAAACCUGAUGGCAGUGCUGAAGAAGAGGAAACACGUUUGAAAGAACAGGAAAAGGUUAAAGAAGAAUUAAAGGAAUUAAGGAACAAAGCAAGUUUAGCCUACCUCCUUAUCAAUGCACUGUUCAUCACCGUUAUAUAUUUUCUUCAACAAUCAAACGUGGACACAGGGGGCGGGUUAUCGGUGCAUAUUGAAUGUGGGAACGGGGAUGAGUUGGUGCUUGAACCGAUAAGUUUGGCAUUCACUGCUGUCGCUGGGAUUCUCUUAGCAAUUCAGUUUGUGUGUAUGUUGAUACAUAGGUCAAAAACGUUUUUGCAAAUCAAUUCGAUACAGAAUAAAGAGAUGUGGAUAAAGAAAAUAGAGGAUGAUGAUAAUAUGAGCCAGGCACAAAAACAAAAGUUGUUACAAAAUAAUAGGUAA